AUGGUUCGCCAGCGACUCAAAAAUAUCAUCCCGACGGCAACUGAAUGCGGCUAUGAAGCUUUCGAAUGUCUGGUGGAGAGAGCCAAUGAGUGGCUGAAGAACCAGGUCAACAUUCAGGUCAUCAACAUACAAUCUGUCAUCGGCAAAAAGGACAACGAAUCUGAGACAGGCAGCAACUGCUUCUACACCAUGCCCGGCCUCAACGCUACCGAACCGGUCGAUUUUUUCCGAAUCUUGCGUAUAGCUUACGUCACGUCGCCACCGACAGCCACCGAUUCGAAUACCGAACAGGCGCUACAGCAGCAGCAGCAUCCCGCUAUCUACCCGUUCAACUACGAAACGUUCACUCCGGAGAUAAUUAGGGAGAAGGACUCGGAAGAAGAUCGGCUGGAGACGAUGGCAGAAACCUUUUCGAAAGUGAUCGCCUUCCUAAGAAAUACAGGUGGUUGA